AUGGCACGAGAAGCAUAUAAAGAGAUCACUUCACUUGACCAUAAAGAUUUUGUUGUAGCCUGUACUGGCUUACACGUCAGUGUUAGCUCAGCUCAUCUGGUUUGGACCACCAUCGAUAUUUUUAUAGAGAGGAUUCCCUUUGACAAAGAAUUCUUUGAUUCUAUUAAAACAAAGCUUGAUUCCUUUUUCCUGAAAGUGAUUCUACCAAGAGUUCUAGUUGGUGAAAAGAAACCUAGGGAAACUCACAUCAGUAAGCAAGGUAUAUACUGUUACUGUCGAACAGGAGAAUUUGGUGCAAUGAUCGAGUGUGACAACCCAUCAUGCAAAUUUGGUUGGAUUCAUUUCGGUUGCGUGGGUUUGGUUGAAGAACCAACAGGAUCAUGGUUUUGUCAAGAUUGCAUUUAG